GCAUCAGUCAGUUGAUGCCCAUCUGCUUCAGAACGUAAGGCUGUAGUGAGUUGUGUUAAAUAACGUCUACUAAGUAAAGUAGGUUGGCCCGUAUUUUCGUCGUCUACUACACUUUUUCCUUUUUAUUGUAUAUACAAGGUUUUUAAUAGUUUGUUUAAAUGCUUCCUGUUUUACUCUUUUAAUUUAAAUGAAUCCAUUCCAGCUUGCAUAACCGAAACUUGCUGCAUAAUUUUGACCAGAGAUGGCGUGGUUGCUGUUCAGUGUGGCCCUCUUCAUUCUGGGGGCUGUCCAAGGCGAGGACGUCUUCAGCAGGAGCCAAAGGGGACUGGAUCCCGAAGUGAACAUGAACAUUAGCCAGAUCAUUUCGUACUGGGGUUAUCCUGUGGAGGAGUACGAAGUCAUUACUGAAGAUGGCUAUAUCCUGAGUGUAAACAGAAUCCCACAUGGGAUUAAGAAGAAUGCAGCAGGACCAAGGCAGGUGGCCUUUCUUCAACAUGGCCUGCUGGCCGCUGGGAGCAACUGGGUCACCAACCUGCCCAACAGCAGCCUGGCCUUUAUCCUGGCAGACGCUGGCUAUGACGUGUGGCUUGGAAACAGCCGGGGGAACACCUGGUCCAGGAAACAUGUGACGCUCAGCCCGGACCAGGAUGCCUUUUGGGCAUUUAGUUUUGAUGAAAUGGCAAAAAAAGACCUUCCAGCAGUGAUUAAUUUCAUCACUAAAAGCACAGGCCAAGAACAGAUUUACUAUGUGGGCCAUUCUCAGGGAACUACCAUAGGUUUUAUAGCUUUCUCCACCAUGCCUGAGCUGGCUAGCAAAAUCAAGACAUUUUUUGCACUGGCCCCAGUGGGUACAGUUGAUUUUGCCACCAGCCCCAUGACCAAACUCUCCAUAUUUCCCGAAUUCCUUAUCUGGGAACUCUUCGGAAGAAAGGAUUUCUUCCCCCAGAGCUCUCUGAUUAAAUGGUUUGCAACUGAAUUUUGUAGCGAGGUCCCACUGGAUGAACUGUGUGGCAAUAUUUUCUUCGUCCUCUGUGGUUUUGAUGAGAAAAACCUGAACAUGUCUCGAACUCCUGUGUACACCACACACUGCCCUGCUGGGACCUCGGUACAGAACAUGCUUCACUGGAGACAGCUCAUAAAGACAAGGAAACUGAUGGCUUUUGACUAUGGCACAUCUGGAAACAUGGCACAUUACAACCAGCCCACUCCUCCGCAGUACCACAUCAGAGACAUGAAGGUGCCCACUGCCCUGUGGUCAGGAGGGCAUGACUGGCUGGCUGAUCCCAAAGAUGUGGCUUUGCUCCUCACCCAGAUCUCCAACCUGGUGUACCACAAGGACAUCUCCCACUGGGAGCACCUGGACUUCAUCUGGGGGCUGGAUGCCAAUCAGCUGAUGUACAGUGAGAUGGUGAAGCUCAUGAACCAGAAUGCUUGAGGUGUUAACAUUCUCACUGGCCACACUGCCCUGAAGCAGUUUUAGAAGUUUCGCUCAAAAUGUCCCUCUAUAGAAAAACCCAUUGUUAUUAAAAGGUCAUGUUGCAGGGAUACAAAUUAUUAACUAAAGGUGCCUCAGCCUGAACUUUGCUGACACGUGUGUGUUAUUGUGGUUUUGAAUCCUUGUCUCUUCAGUAUCAUACUACUGAACCCCUUUUCACUUAAAUUGUACCUUGAUCAUAAAGCUUUAUCUCAUUAUUUUAUUUAGUAGCUUGUGCUGUGGAAUUCCUAGUCUAGAGGAUUUUAGCCGGCAUUCCAGAUUUUAGAACUGAUUAUUGUAAAGACUUUAUUGGAGGGUUUUUCCUUGCAAUGUUUGCCACUACCCUUUUUUCCUGGGAGAAAACCACGCAAUCUGUUUUUUUUUUUCAUAUUUCCUAAAAUAUGUAUAAAUCUGGUCUCCUUUUACAGAAAAUAUCAACACAAUAAGUGUAUAAAUAUGUUGAGGUUAUUAUUAAAAUGAUUAAGUUCACUUUUGAUUAUUAAAUGAUUAAAGUUCACCUUUUCCUCUUAGGGAUUCUGAAAACUUGACUUUUUAAAUAUCAAUAGCUUUCAUAUCCAUAUCACAAACCAUUAAUCAUUUUAUUUGGUGUAACCCCCUACCCAAUACUUUUCCACAGCUGUCUAGGGAGUCCUAAGCCUACUUAUUAGGCAAUUUUAUCUCAAAGUUACAUUUUAAGAAUUUUUUAUAUUAUCCUUUUAAAUGUGAGCAAUACAAUUUUAUGUCUUAGUUGUGCUCUUAAGGGAAUACCACUAAUUUUUAAUUUGACAUAAUGUAGUAGAAUCACUUGGAUGUAGGGAGAUCAGGGAGAUUGAACGCAAGCAUCUCCAAUCCCAAACAAAUGAAAAACUUGCGUUUUAGUCAAUGUUAUUGUGUCUGAAUUUUGUGUUUUUAGCCCUGCAGAAUUUAAAUGAGAUGAAGCUCCUCAUAAUUCAGUUACAUUCAAAAGUGUUGUUCAGGUAAAGUGAAUGACUGGGUUAAUUUGCAUUUAACAAAUGUAAAAAUGUUCUCCUUUUUGCCCCCCUCCUGUUUUUUUAACAAUGCCUCUGAUCAAAGAAUGUAUUAAACUUUUUUUUGGUAAAAAAGGUGUUUUUGAGCUGUUCUGUCAAACACAUGCACUGAGUUGUUCGUUAAAAUAAAAUUGCCUUCAAAGAA